GAAGCAGAGGUUAGAUGGUGACCAGGUGAGGGUUAGGAGGUCAGUACACACCUGGCUGUGGUGGAAGAAAAGCAGGUGAAUUAAGAUUGGGACCAGAAUGCACGUCCUGUUUGUUGUCCUGGCCACUGCAACAGUCGCUUCCUGCAGGAGCAUCGAUGAGGGGUCUCGCAGGCCAUGUGCGUUCGGCGACAAAAUGCUGAUGGACUGCGAAGUAGCUGCGACAGUCCCCGAGAAGUGCAUGAUGAUGGUGUGUCGCGAUGGAGAGAUUGUGGAGAAAAUGACUGGCGGCCCCAUGGACACCGGCUGUUGUGUGGGCUUCGAUAAUGUGCUGUAUUCCAAUGGGCAUACGACCGAACACUGUAUUCGUGUGACGUGUAAAGACAGCGUGUGGGUACCCGAGGAAAGCAUACCACAAUGUUGCGCACAUUGCCGAGUAUACUCCUACAGUCACUUCGCUACCUUCGAUGGCCACAACUAUGACUGGCAAGGGAACUGCAACUACACCUUGGUCGAGCAGUCCAACGCCACAGAGGGUCAAAGAGUUGCCGUCUUCACUGAGAUGGAUCGCAUGGGGACGUGUGCCACGACGUUCUCCCACACUACCUUCCGCAACGACCCGGACACUAUUAUCAACAUCACCAAGGGGAGUGACGGAAUGACUAUGGAUGUGAAUGGUGAGAUGGUGACCGUCCCAGAGCAAGGCGUGCAGUUCCUCGCAUCCACCACAGGGAACAACACCGUCGUGACUUUCCGGCGCACUUUCCGGGAUAACAAGUGCAUCGUCCUGCUUGGGUCUUCAUUGCUUACACUGGUGUACUGCCCGCUGUCCCUUGAUAUCUUUGCUCCCAGAGUUCUCUCCGGCUCCCUGUCAGGGCUGUGUGGCGCCUUCAACUACGACGUGAUGGAUGACUUCACCACGCCAGCCGGGGAAGUGCGGCCCCUUGAGAUGUUCCCGGUGGACUUCCCUGAGAUGUGGCGGGCAGAGGCACAGACGAUGCCAAUGUGUAUGCAAGAUGGCGUCAGCACGUCAAACUGCAAUGGCACACAGGGAAACAAGUGUCAGGGCCCAGCUGCCGUCCUUGAGGAGUACAAGACCACUUGCCAAGACGUCUUGCAGGAAUUCAUCUCGCAGAGACCUGAGCUUUUCUUCUAUGUUGCCUCGUGUGUCAGUGACCUUUGCUUAGCUGAUCAGGGCAAUCUUGGCCACAUUACAUCAAUGACACCAGAUCCUAUCUUGACCGCGACGUCACCGACUGAUAUAGUGCAAGUAAUCUUGACUAACUACAUAGCUAUGGCAGGUCAACACUUCCAGUAUCUACAGAUGAUGCCACCUCUCAGUGACGUGUCUGCCUGCACGAGUGCCAGUAACACCACCUCUAUACCACUUGUCGAAGACUCCGUUUUCCAUGGCUCUGACGGUCACGCCCACUACAUUUCCUGAGAACCUUCUGUACCGUUCCUUGUGUACCAUGUUUUUCUUUUUUUUUUAUUUAGUUUUCUGAAAUAAAAUGCCGCCAGAAA